GCUGAGCGGGGCCUCCCUGCCCCAUCUCGGGGCGGCCUUUCAGCCCUGCUUUAGCCGGUUUUGCUGCAAGAGAGUGCCCGGCUGGUGCUGCAGUGCAGCCCGCUGUCCGCGGCGUGUGGGCGCUAGCGUGCGCCUACGCUUAAACCCCUUUCUUGUAGAGAGGUAUGGGGCAUGGAAAUGAACAUGGCCAUGGCCAUGGCAAAAUGGAACUCCCCGACUACAGGCAAUGGAAGAUAGAGGGUACUCCACUAGAGAAGGUCCAGGAAAGGCUAGCUAAACGGGGUCUUAGGGAUCCGUGGGCUCGUAAUGAAGCCUGGAGAUAUAUGGGUGGCUUUGCAAAACCUGUCACCUUAACAGAAGUCUUUACUAGGGGACUCAAGUGGGGAUUUGCAGCUUUCGUCAUAGCUCUUGGCAUUGAAUAUACACUGUUUCCUCCAAAGAAGAACGGAGGCCAUCACUGAAGAUUAAAUAUGACAACUUAAUACUCAUCACUAAGCUGAAACAUACAUAAGCCUGCUGUGCUCUCUGCAUUUAUAAUAUGCAUAUUAAAGUCUAUCACAGGCAAUCA